CUGCUUCCUUCCUAGGGUCAUCCUUCAUCAAGCCAUUGUUAUCUCUCUCAGAGGUCGAUUCCCCGCACAUGUUUACUUUCUGCCGUUUCUUAUCAAGUGUCAAUUGAUGCAGCUGCCGGGAUCCGUUCCGAACAGUGUGGUUCUUCACCUCUAAACUCAUGCAAUGUUCCUCACCUUCGAGUAUAACGACCUGUCAAAGAUCAGUAAAUCAUCAUGGCUACUACACCUCCCUCAACCUCCACAGCCCCCUCACUUCCCUCCGCAGCACCGAUCAUCGUAUCACUAAACAUCACCCUGCAACCUCCGCUCUCACGCUGCGGCCGCGGCCCAGGCCUCCUCCUCAUCCGUCCUACCAACCUGACCACUUGCCAAGCAAACAAUACCUCCCUGGACCCAUCCCCAGUGCAGAAAUGGGCAGAGGAGAGCUUUGUCGUGGUAGAACUCACGCUUGACUCCACGAUCAGCGGUGACGGGUCCUCUGUGUCGGAGGCCAUAUCCGCCGCUUUAGACUCACUCCGCACAUCCCCGCAAUGCGAUGACCCCGAGAAGAUUGGGCUCCUAGUAUACGGCUCUCCAACCGACUACCACCCUGCAUUUCCUCAGCUCCUCCGUCAAACCAUCACAGCACUAGCCACCACAGUGGCAGUCCAGAAGAUCGUGGCAAUAGUCUACUUCAGCAGCGCAUGGGAGGAGGAUCAUCCUCGGGAGAUCCCAGCUCUCCUCCACCUGCCAACGCCGCCCAGCAAAGACACGAUCCUCCCGCUUGGCCCCCCUGGCAUCAACGUUGACACCACCUCCAACCGCAGAAGUUACUACUACCCUGAAGCCCAGUCCCCGGGAUUUAUUAUCCCCGGCCACGCGAACUUCAAAAUCGGUGCUGCGGGCGUGGCGCACACGCGCUCGCUGACCUUCCUCAAGAGGACUCUGGGCGGGCCGUACUUUGAUCUCGAGAAGAUCUGGGAGGAGCAUACUUAUUACGAGUUUGGGGACCGGUCGGUCGAGAAGACGAUGGCGACGAUGGUGCAGGAGCCGUAUGUGAAUCAUGUUCCAACUAUGACAGGCGGAACCGGCCGCGUACAACUGAGCCGCUUCUACCUCGAGCAUUUCAUCUUCACCAACCCAGAGGACACCGAGCUGGAACUAGUCAGCCGUACCGUCGGGAUCGACCGCGUGGUCGACGAGUUUAUCUUCUGCUUGACGCAUAACGCGGUUGUAGAUUGGUUAAUCCCCGGCAUCCCACCCACCCACAAACCCCUUCGCAUCCCCUUCACCUCCGUCGUCAACAUCCGCGGCGACAGACUCUACCACGAACACAUCGCCUGGGAUCAAGCGACUGUGCUCCGCCAGUUGGGUCUCCUACCGGAGUACCUCCCCUAUCCCUAUGCGCUGCCGUCCGGACAGGUGGCGGCGCCUGGGAAACGGUUUGAGUACCGGGUACCGGCGGCCGGGGCGGAGACGGCGCGGAAGUUGCAGGGGGAUCAUUCGGUGCCGUCGAAUGAGAUGUUUGCUUUCGAGGUGAGGGAGGUGGACCUUUAGACUUACUAUACCUGUACGGUGUACCGGUAGAGUAAUGAAUAGAGAGGAAAAGGAUAUAUCAUGUUGAUAUGUCAACCUGUACCGUACUCCCGUGUAGGGAGUAAGUAUGCAGAGUUAUUUGCAUGAUGCAUGUGAUGAUUUGAAUUAAAUUGACUAAGC